AUGUCGCAUAUCGCAUUCUCACAAACCACUCAGAAUGGCAAUCUCGCCGCCCCGAGAGACUCCCUCGAACUCGCCUCGCUCGCCUCUUCCUCGCCCGCCUCAGUAGACGGGACCUCGCGCUCCUCGUCACCAGAUGGCAUCUCGUCCUCGCGCAAGCUCUCGCUCGAAGACGAAGACCCGCUCGCCGAAUCUCACCUCGAUGCCGGGCUAGAUUCGGGCCGUCAGCGGCCCAUGCGAUCUUAUUCGGUCUCUUCAGCCUUUGAUUUUGGACGAAAUCUCUUCCCACUCUCGCAAACACAGGCUGGAUAUGCUCCUCUGGGGUCGCCGACGGCGCUGGAUCAGCAGGUGGAUGGCUCGUUGGAGAGAAAUAAGACCUUGACAUACCUGAAUGGUCUGUCGCUGAUCGUGGGGCUCAUUAUUGGAUCGGGGAUCUUCUCGUCUCCAAGUGCAGUGAAUGCGCACGCUGGAUCACCGGGCGCAUCGCUCAUUGUUUGGACAGUGGCCGGGGUUUUGGCCUGGACGGGCGCGGCCAGCUACGCAGAACUGGGAGGUGCGAUCCCGCUCAACGGCGGCGCGCAGAUUUACUUGUCUAAGAUCUUUGGAGAAUUGAUGGGCUUCCUCUUCACAUGGUGCGCGGUGUUGGUCCUGAAGCCUGGGUCUGCCGCAAUCAUCUCCAUUAUUUUCGGCGAGUACGUCGUGCGUGCGUUUAUCGGUGCCGACGUGGAAAAUGUCAGCCCGUGGAUCAACAAGGGCGUCGCAUUUGGCGGCCUCCUUGCGGUGACUUUAUUCAACUGCAUUUCUACCAAGGCUGCAACUCGCCUGGGAGACCUGCUCAUGUUCUUCAAAUUUGUUGCCCUGAUUGGUGUCACUGUGACGGGCAUUGUGGUGGCUGUGACGGGGCUCUCUUCUCAAGGCAGCGCAAGUAAGGACUGGAAGACGAGCGGCUGGUUUGAAGGAACAAGCACAGAAAUCUCCGAUUUUGCAGUGGCCCUGUACGCAGGACUCUGGGCAUUCGACGGCUGGGAUAAUACGAAUUACGUGACGGGUGAGUUCAAAAACGCAAAGCGCGACCUGCCGCGAGUGAUCCACACGGCAAUGCCGCUGGUCAUCAUCUGCUAUCUGCUCGCCAAUGUCGCGUACUUUCUGGUCCUGGAUCACGAUACUCUUCAGACCAGCAACACUGUUGCCGUCCAGUUCGGUGGGAAAGUAUUCGGUCGCGUUGGCGCCCUCAUUCUCGCACUGGUUGUGUCAGGCAGUUGUUUCGGCUCCCUAAACGCGACCACCUUCACCAGCGGCCGACUGGUCUACGCAGCCGGUAAAGAAGGCUACCUACCGUCACUAUUCGGGCGCCUCGGUCUGCGUAACGAGACUCCCUCCUCAGGUCCCCCAGGCGGUGGCCGACUCCAGCGGCGCUCCUGGGCUCGCAAGUCCAUCUCGAAACUGUUUGGGGACGAGUCCCGUCUUGGAUUCACCCCAAUCAACGCCAUGGCCUUCAAUGCAGCCUUGACAACCAUCUAUGUCGUCAUGGGCGAAUUUAAGACAUUGGUAACAUUCUAUGGUGUGGCAGGCUACACCUUCUAUUUCCUGACCGUGCUGGGCUUGAUUGUCCUACGCAUCCGUGAACCCUACCUGGAACGCCCAUAUCGCACGUGGAUCUCCACCCCGAUCAUCUUCUGCUGCGUCAGUUUGUUUCUCUUGAGUCGCGCCGUCAUCGCCGAGCCAUUGCAGGCCCUCAUCGUGGUCGUCUUUAUUAUCACCGGUAUCCCGGUAUACUUCUGGCGCAUCUAUCAACGAGACGGCAAGGAUGCGCUUCCAAGUUGGAGGUUCUGA